AUGUCAGCUAAAAAUCUAAUAGUCAAAUUAAUAGUAGGUGCUGGCCAAGCUGCUCCAUCUCCACCAGUCGGACCGGCUUUAGGUUCUAAAGGUAUAAAAGCCAUGGAUUUCUGUAAAGAAUUUAAUGCUCGAACAGCCAAUUAUCAAGUCGGUGUACCAAUACCAGUUUUGAUAACUAUUAAGCCAGAUAGAUCUUUUCAAUUUGAAAUGAAAUCACCACCAACAGGGUAUUUGUUAUUGAAAGCUUUAAACAAAGAUAAAGGACAUGGUCAGCCUAGUGCUACUAAUAAUAUCGGGACUUUAAGUCUAAAGCAUAUUUAUGAAAUUGCCAAAAUUAAGAAGACUGAUAAUAGGCAUACUUCUUUGGAUAUAAAGGGUAUUGUCAAAAGCAUCGUUGGGGUUGCUAGGAGUAUGGGCAUUAAAGUUAUCCCAUGA